UUCCAUUCUGGUCGGACGUCAGCUUGAAAUAGUUCGAAAGCAACUCAGCCAAGGAAAUUAAUUCCGCAUUCCCACAUCAUCUUCCGCUCUUAUGCUAACAUGAUAAACUAACAGCAAAGCCAAAAAGCAAACCGCAAAUUGAGAAAGAGAAGCGUUGUCAAAGAGACUAAAGCCAUAAGAAAAAUAUAAAACGAAAAGCAAAAAGUGCAGAUAAAAUGUCGCCGUUCAUGGAGAAAAUGUUGCUGCUGUUAGGCGUGCUCUGCUGCAUACAAGUGUCCACUGCCCUGAUGUGUUACGACUGCAAUAGCGAAUUUGAUCCUCGUUGCGGCGAUCCCUUCGAGCCGUACUCCAUUGGCGAGGUGAACUGCAGCAAACAGGAGCCCCUGGAGCACCUGAAGGACAAGUACCAGCCCACCUUGUGCCGCAAAACUGUGCAGAAGAUCUAUGGCAAGACCCGCAUAGUGCGCGGCUGCGGCUACAUUCACGAUGAGCGCACCGAUGUAGAGUGCGUGCGGCGUUCCGGCACCCACGAUGUGGCCGCCACCUACUGCUCCUGCACCAAGGACCUGUGCAAUGGCGGCAACUCGCUGACAGCCCCAUGGAUGAUACUGCCCCUAGCCCUGGCCGCCGGCUGUGCGCUCCUGCUGACCUCAGGGCACACAAUAAAGUUCCAGAGCUCAUAAAUUUAGCUGGGACUUAGCGCUUUCACACCUUCAAUUUGUAUCCCUACUUAUUUUCGCCUUUCUUUCGAUGGUUUUCCUUGGCCUGGUUCAGGUCCGGAGUUGAUGCUCAUUUAGUUGCAUAAUUUACUAUAAUUUAAUUGAAUGUGUUCGUAAGUGUAAAAGAUCUAAAAUAAAGUGAAGUAUAUCUUAUGGUCACGCAUACGAAAAAUACAGCA